GAAAGCCAAAUGGCAGAGAAAAUAUCACAGGACACAAACUAGUGAUCGUGUGGGGGCCACACACGUUUUUGAAUGUAAUUGGACGAGCGUGAAAGAGGUGCCCUAUUAAAAAGCACAACAGUCCUUUAAGAGGAGCAAAAUUGAGUUUCCCCAUUUUUGCCAAGAUUUUGAAGACUGUUCAAUGUAUUGUACAUUUGAUAUAAGAUGAUAACUUUAUAAAAUAUUCUGCCCGAGAGCGUAAACGAUGACUACCCCGGCCCUGCUCCCUUUAUCUGGACGAAGGAUACCACCUCUGAACCUGGGGCCGCCUUCCUUUCCGCAUCACAGGGCUACCUUGAGACUUUCUGAGAAGUUUAUCCUCCUCCUUAUUCUAAGUGCCUUCAUCACCCUGUGUUUUGGGGCAUUCUUCUUCCUUCCAGACUCUUCAAAACACAAACGCUUUGAUCUGGGUUUGGAAGAUGUGUUAAUUCCCCAUGUAGAUGCCAGCAAAGGGGCCAAAAACCCUGGAGUCUUCCUGAUCCAUGGACCUGAUGAACAUAGACACAGGGAAGAAGAAGAACGUUUGAGAAAUAAAAUUCGAGCUGAUCACGAGAAGGCCCUGGAAGAAGCAAAAGAAAAAUUAAAAAAGUCGAGAGAGGAAAUCCGAGCAGAAAUUCAGACAGAGAAAAAUAAGGUAGUCCAAGAAAUGAAGACAAAAGAGAAGAAGCCACUGCCACCAGUCCCUAUACCAAAUCUAAUAGGAAUAGAUGGUGGAGACCCAGAAGAUAAUGACAUAAGAAAGAAAAGGGAAAAAAUUAAAGAGAUGAUGAAACAUGCCUGGGAUAAUUAUAGGAUAUAUGGAUGGGGACAUAAUGAACUCAGACCCAUUGCAAGGAAAGGACACUCCACUAAUAUCUUUGGAAGUUCACAAAUGGGUGCUACCAUAGUAGAUGCUUUGGAUACCCUUUAUAUCAUGGGACUUCAUGAUGAAUUCCGAGAUGGGCAAAAAUGGAUUGAACACAACCUUGAUUUCAGUGUGAAUUCAGAGGUGUCUGUGUUUGAAGUCAACAUUCGAUUUAUUGGAGGCCUGCUUGCAGCGUAUUACCUUUCGGGAGAAGAGAUAUUCAAGAUUAAAGCAGUUCAGCUGGCUGAGAAACUCCUUCCUGCCUUUAACACACCUACUGGGAUUCCUUGGGCAAUGGUGAAUCUGAAAAGUGGAGUAGGGCGGAACUGGGGCUGGGCAUCUGCAGGUAGCAGCAUUCUUGCCGAAUUUGGUACACUGCACAUGGAGUUUGUCCACCUCAGCUACCUGACAGGGGACCCCGUCUACUACAAGAAGGUCAUGCAUAUUCGGAAACUACUUCAGAAAAUGGAUCGUCCAAAUGGUCUUUAUCCAAAUUAUUUGAACCCAAGAACAGGUCGCUGGGGUCAGUAUCAUACGUCAGUUGGCGGGCUGGGAGACAGUUUUUAUGAAUACUUACUGAAAGCAUGGUUGAUGUCAGAUAAAACAGACCAUGAGGCAAGGAAAAUGUAUGAUGAUGCUAUUGAGGCUAUAGAGAAACAUCUUAUUAAGAAGUCCCGAGGAGGUCUCACCUUUAUUGGAGAGUGGAAAAAUGGGCACUUAGAAAAGAAGAUGGGGCAUUUGGCCUGUUUUGCUGGGGGAAUGUUUGCACUAGGAGCAGAUGGUUCCAGAAUGGAUAAAGCUGGUCAUUAUUUAGAGCUAGGGGCAGAAAUUGCACGUACAUGUCAUGAGUCAUAUGACAGAACUGCAUUAAAGCUGGGUCCUGAGUCGUUCAAGUUUGAUGGUGCAGUAGAGGCUGUGGCCGUCCGGCAGGCUGAAAAGUAUUACAUCCUCCGUCCAGAAGUAAUUGAAACCUAUUGGUACCUAUGGCGAUUCACUCACGAUCCAAGAUACAGGCAGUGGGGCUGGGAAGCAGCACUGGCUAUUGAGAAGUAUUGCCGAGUGAGCGGCGGGUUUUCCGGGGUGAAGGACGUGUACUCGUCUACUCCUACCCACGACGAUGUGCAGCAGAGUUUCUUUCUCGCUGAGACGUUGAACAGAGGGAGCUACAACCCAAAUUGUAUUUAUGUGGCAGUAACACAUAAUAAGAUAUUUGUAUCUGCUGUUCUCCAGUGACGACCUUUUACCUUUAGACCACUGGGUUUUCAAUACAGAGGCUCAUCCUCUGCCCGUGUUACAUUUAGCCAACACCACACUUUCAGGAAAUCCUGCUGUUCGAUGAAAAGCAGCUCCAGAAAGACCGUUCUCCCCUGUGUUUUGUUUACAUGGACCACUACAGAAAUCAGUCUGGAGGGGGGGCUUUUGGAAACCUGGACCUCAUAAGUCAACAUGGCAGGGUGAAACAUGACUGUGCCCCACAAGACUUUUCAACUUGUAGAUAUCUCAACUUUGAAAUGAUUCCAUUUUAUACCUGACCAAAACAUAUUCUGGUAUGUGUAGGACAGCGACCUGACACGCUUUGUUUCAUAAGGAGAUGGUCACAUGGGAAAUCAUGCCUGUUACUACUGUACUGUUUUUAGAGUCCUGGCAUCCGGAGACCAGACUGCCUGAGAAUAAGCCAAGAAUGCGGAGCACCUUGUGGAAGUGAGGGAUGGCCUUUGGAACUGAUUAUACAUUUGUUCCUUCCAAAGUGGAGCAGCUUUCGAAUCAGAUAUUUACUCAUCGUUUAUCCCUUUUUUCUCCAUUUUUAAUGGAAGGAACUAAAACAAACAACAAAAGAGCAGUGGAACCGCAUCAAGAGCAAGAGGUCUGGAAAAGACAACAAAAGUACCUGUUCCUGUCUCAGUUUUCAGGUUCCCCGUUGGACGAUCAGACUGGCAACCAUUUCAACUCUCAAUCUAUUCCAUUGAAAUCUCUUGGUUAAAUUUGAUUUUCUCUGGGGGCAUGAUCUCACAAAGAAUACUCUUCAAGUCUUCGUCUCCAUACGGAAUCAUUGAAACUGUUGUUUAUCGAAACCACUACUCACGAGCCUGGGUUUGGGAUUUCGUGCAUGUUGAUCAGUCUAGUGUUGGUAGCAUGACGACAAGUGGGGGAAAUGCUGCAGUUUGUUGCCUUGAAACCCGUUUUGAGAGAAAGCCUUGGUUUUGUUGGUAGGAGAUUUUUUUCCCCAAACCAGCAAAUCUACCAAGUGAAUUUUAUCCACUUUAACCUUCUUACAAAUUUAGUAAAAUCCCUCAACUUACAACUCUCUGUGGCUUGGCACAAUUCGCUAUACUAUUAUGCAGCUCCAAAUUUACCUUGAUGAGCCAAAUUACUUUUAGAACCUUAUGAAAUCAAAAACAAAAUACAGUGAAACUUGCUCAUACAUUCUAUCUGAAAUGGGAACAGGGGGAUCCUGUAUUAUCUCGUCAGAUGAGCGAACUUUUCACAAAUAUUUUAUGUCAAAAAUAAAAUUCAGCUUUUAUUUUCUCCAAGGAUAUUUAUAGAAAUCCAAAGAAUUAAUCAGAACCACUUCAAAGUAAUUUUUAGUGAUAAAAGUGUGGUAUAAUUAAUCAUAUUAACUAAAUUUGGGAUAUAUCUAAGGGAGUUUCUCUUACCAUAAAUAGAUUUUGCAGUGAUAUUUAUUUUUAAAGAAAUUACUAUUUCUUCAUAUUUGGGGGGAGGAACUGAAAUUUUAUCAAGAACUGUAUUGUAAGAUAAAUAUGAUUGUAAGUUUUCUGUCCCUUGAAUUUGUGUCACAGUGCAAGACACUUUUUCUUCUUUACGUUUAAUACAAACAGCUUCCAUUGACAAUAAAAGUUGGGAGCAUUAUAAUCAGUCUAGUAUUUACUCUGAACUUGAAGAUUUCAUGAAACAGUGUUUGUGCAAGAAGCCCACCUUGGAAUUCUGAAGGUUUAUUUUCUUAUUUUGAUAGCUUUUCUUUUUCAUCUCUUAUUAGCACGUAGCAGAUUUUAAUUGGAGAAAAGAUUUAAUAAAUUAACAUAAUUAAGUAUUUUCUAAGGGAUCAUCUUACGCCACAAAUAGUCCUCACAGUUCAGCAGUCGAUCCAUAAAUGAUAACCAAACCCGAGAUUUUUCAGGAUACAUAGGAAAUAAGGAUGUGGAGCCAGUUGCAUUAUUUAAGUUUUUAAGAGAGUUAAAUUUUAGCACACAUUUUGAAAUUAUAGUAUCUUUUACUACUUGAAAAGUUAAAAUUUUGAAAUGAGAAGGGGAGAUGACUAACCUGAGAAAGGGAGAAUAUUUGGUUCUCAAAAAAACGUUAGCCUUCCUCCUAAAAGUAGCAUAAGCCCACUUAGGAGUCACUAAAAAACGUGAACCCCUUGAGGUGGCGAAGACCCAGAGCCGCUGAGUAGAUGGCAGCGAGUCUGCCCGUAUCCUAUUCAGAAGAGGGCAGAGUAAGGGGCCUUCUUGGUCUCCCAGGAGCUUCUCAAGGAAAGAGAAGACAGAGCCUCCGCCCCCUCGGCUGACUGGGGCUUAAGAGAAGGCAGAGAGGUGCGUGAGUAUGGCCCUUUCUGUGCAAGCGAAGAAUCCGGAGAGGGGCAGGGGAAGCUUCGGUCGUCUUCACUGCCUGCUCCCUCCCUGUGAUGGUAAGACUAGAGCUGACACCAACGCUUCCAUUGUUUUCUUCUCUGGAUACCAAAGGCAAUUAAAGUCAGCUACAAAGGA